CUGUUCCCGCGCUUUUCUUAUUCUUAUUCUACAAACAGCGCGAAAAACAUCUUGUGGCAUUUGCGGAAGGGCGGAAAGAAAAGUACCCUAGCAAGCACAUUGAGAGCAUCCCAACGCUGACAUGGACAUGGACUUCGGCGCAGAGGCGGGGCGCUCCUACCACACGGUGCAGCUAUCCGCCAAAGAGGUGCUCGCCGCUGGCCGCCGUCAGCAUUAUUGCAACAUGAUCGACCUGUUGGCCAGCAGCUGCAAGAGCUCCGGAUUGAUAGCCACUUCAUUUUCGGAGGAAGAGCUGGUCGAGUUCUGGCUGGGAGACAUCCUGCCGCUGAUGUUCGAUAAAGACCGCAAGAUACAGGACUCCGCCGUUGGCGCACUGGCUGAGGCGCUGGUGGCCCUGGACGUGUCCUCCAUCCACUCGGCCAGGUGCUGGCCCGGCAUCCGAGGUGAGUUCGUAAACAAGUACGUAAACCUCAUUGGCGAGAUGCGCGACGCCAAGAACUCCAACUGGCACAAGAUCUGGACGCUGCUGGUGCAGAUCAUGGACGAGGAGUUGCUGCGCGGCUGCGUGUACAUCAACAAAUUCCUCGCCGUGGUGGAACUGGGCUUCCGUAACCCGGACAAUGGCGUCCGCUCGGAGGCCUUCCUCUGCUGGCGUGUGCUCAUCAAGAUCUUCGCCGCCUACGACGAGUUGGCCUCUGGAAAGAGGCUUCGCCUGCUGCUUAUCCCCCUGAGGACCUCGCAGUCGCGUUCUUCGCACGUUAGCGGCAUCAAACUGCGUGUCUGGUGGUACCUGCUUACUUGCCUGGACAAGGAGCUGCCCAAGUCCUUUGAGGGCGCCGUGGAGCAUUUUCUGUGUUUUACGUUCGGUGGUGGAUCGCGCAACCUGCCCACGGGUCUGGCCCACAAUUACCAAACGGCCCGAGAGCUGGCCCUACCCUGCCUGGUGGCCCUUUGGGGUGUGGAGCACAGUGACGCGCUGCAUCGCUUGCUGCGAGAGCUGCGCCUGGAAACGCUCGGCCAACCGUCGGCUCUCAUGACGACAGAGACGCUGCAGCAGCACUGGCGGCCUCUCCUCCAAGCCGCUGUCUCGGCGCUGAAGCUGCUCACCCAGCAUGACGCCACCGAGGCGGAGCAACUGCUGCUGCAGUUGCUCGUGCGGAAUCUCUGCCUGGCCAUGUUCCGCCUGGCCGUGGCGCCCUUCAACGUGGCCUGUUGCGGUGAGAUCGAGAAGGUACUGGUCGCCGAAGAUGCCUCGGGCGGCCGGGUGGUGCGUGCCCUCUUCAACCAUAUUGCCAGCGAGAGCCUUGUCAUGGAGCGUGUCUCUGGAAGUGAUCAACUAGAUGUGCUGGAGGCCUUCUUGAAGCUGAUCCUAAAGUCCAGGACAGAAGUCCCAGCGGCCAUCUUGCAGCGGAGCAUCUCCUGCAUCUUCGCCGCCGAUCGCAUUGAGGCGGGCAACCAGAACGAGUUCCGGCUGCUGGGCUCUUUUGCCGAGCACCUGAUGCAGGCCAACGAGGAGGAAGACUUCGAGGGAUUCGCAGUCAAACUUCAGGUGUGGCGGCAGGUAUCGCAGGCCCUGAGCAACUACCUACGCAACAAUGCACUCGAAUACCGCGUGGCGCACAAUGCUUCGCUAAUGGACACGUGGCUCCUGUGGCCGCUCCAAACGCUUUCGGCCUUUGCUGGUCGUCGGUCCAGCAAUGUCUUUGAUGGCCCAUUUUGCGAGCAAUGGAAGCAGCUGCUGAAUGCGGGUCACAAUGCGCCGGAGAGGAGGAGAUUCGUUGGCGAACUAAAGACCACCCUUACAGACCUGUUAAAGAGCAAGGACGAACCGCAUUUCGCGGAGCUCUUCGACGCCUACGUAGCCGCCGUCCUCAAGCUGGGGCUCUGCAAGGAGACACCCCUCUACAAGGACGUAUUUGCCCUGUUGCAGACCGUCUUCGAGCACCGGUUCUCGCAGCAGAUGCUCGAGGCCUGCCUAAACACGCUGCGCAACCUGGUGCUGGAGCUGCGUCAGAACGAGCUGAUGGUGGUCUUCGAUUCCCUGAAGCCCACUCUGUCCGGAGCCAUUCAGUGCUGGAACAAGCAGAAGUGCGAGGGUGGCUUCCUCGAGGAGUUCAAGCGGGCCAUCCAGGAGAAGUUCCGCAAGCUGCCCAUGAAGAGCAUGGCCAACCAGGUGAGGGACAUCUUCAAGGGCGACGAUCUCUUUGUCAUUAUUCCCUCUGUGUGGAGCCUGAAUCCCGAAAAGCUGACGGAUCGUCAGAAGGAGCGCUUCGCCGAGAAGUCCGACAUUCCGGCGCUGUACAACGACAUGAGCCAGUCGCAGGACUCUGCCUCCCUAAAACCCUGGACGCCCAAGAAGGUGGUCAUCGCGAAGAGUAAACAGGGCGAGCUGGCCUUGACCGGCAAGGACGAAGACGAAGAGGUGAUCGACAGCACCCCCAGCGACGAAUCCGAGAAAGAUCAAGGAACAUCUGCAGUUACAACGCCCAUCCGCAAGACGCCCGGCCGUAAAACACGGGCCCCAAAGGAGGAAGGGCCCAAGACCAAAAGCACUGCCGCAGAGGAGCCGUCCAUCCGACAGACGCGACAGCGCGCGGCUCAGCAAGAAACAGAGCAGCCAGAACAGCCACCGCCCACACCUGAACGCCAGCUCAGAUCGCCCAAGAAAAUGCCACCGCCCCCGACCAUUCAGCCUGCAGCAGCUGCCAGCAAGCAGACAAAGGUUACCAAACCCACCCCUGUGCAGAGUGAAGAUCUAUUCCCGGAAGUCGAAACUGAACCAGAGCCCGAACCGAUUAAGAAGCCGCCACCUGCUCCGGAAAUCCAGCUAACUCCGCCGGAUGCUGUGCCCCUGGAGACAGUGCCUUCGACCCAACUACUGGGGAGCAAUGCCGAAGCCGGGCCUGCUGCUAUGGCAGUGGCUGCCGGGGAGACAUCUCCCAGGAAGACCAACCCGACGCGCCUGUGCAACUUGAACUCCCCACCGGAUCGCAAGCAAACGAACAACUCCUCGAGCCCCACGCUGCGGCCCAAGCCCACCGGCCACCUGACGGGUCGCGGUGCUCAGCUGAUCAACAUGAUCCGCAACAAGAAACUAGAUACUGCCACCGGAUCGCCCUAUGCCUCCAUGUCACGUCCAUCUCAACACCAGGGAACACCGGCUCGUGUCCUGGAUCGGGCCGAGCAGGUGUCCACGCCCACCAGCGAGCUGAACGAGCUGACGGGCACCGAUUACGCAUCUACUCCGAUUCAGGCCCCACCGCCCAAAGAUCUGCUGGUGUUCUCCAAGAGAUUACCCUCGCCCUCGGCCAGUCCCUCGGUGAGCAUAUUGAAGCGCAAGCUGCGCUGCGAGAGCCUGGACGAUGUCACCUUGGAGUCACCUGCCAUGAAACGGAAGCGAGUGAGCUUCCAUGACCCGCCCGUGUCCGUGACCAAAGAGUACCUUCGGGACACGGAUGAGCCGCGCAGCAGCCUCAAGCCCAAGCGCUGCCUGAUGAUGGAGAAAGUGGCCCAGACCAGUGAGGCACGUCAGGCGCUGAGGAGACGAGGUCGCCUGGAUAGCAUUAUUGAGAUCGAGCGGUUUGCCAGUGAGCAGACGGCAAGAACGGCGACGUCAGACAAAACAUUGGACAAGUCCUCGAGCGACGCACCCGAAGAGGAUGCCUUCACCAGCUUGAAGUGGAACGAUACAACGGCCACGCACAACAUAAGCCACACCGUCGAGCAGACAAAGCACAUGGAGGUGGAGCCAGGGGUAGAGACGGCUGGUCAGGACCUAGCCGUUGUGGAUCCAGAGGCUGCCCUUGAUCUGGUGAUAGAACAGAUGCCGCUGGAGACUGUCCUGCAGCGCUACUUUGACCAGGGCGAACUCAAAAGCGCCGGCAUCGUGUCCAAGUACCUCUCCACGCAGAUGACGGCCAACGACAAGCUGAAGACAAACGUGUUGGAGACGCUGUCGGAGAAUCACUCAAAGGACUUCCUGGACCACGCCGUCCGCGAGAAUCUCUCGUCGGUGGUGUGCGACCGCCUCAAUCCUAACUCGGUGCUGGACUAUGUCUGCGCCAAGUCCAAGAUUAGCCAGAGCUGCCGCAGUGGCCUGCUGGCCCAGGUGCCGGAAAUCCUCAAGAGCGGUCCCCGCUCCGAGGUCGAGCGCCUGACCUUUGUGCAGCAGCUCUUGCUGCAGUGCAGCCCCAGCGACGACCAGAUGCUCGAUCUCAUUGACCUGCUGAUGCGUACUCGCCGCGAACGGAACAGCAGCUCCACAUCUCUAGCCAAGGGCGGUGGACUCGCAUCUGUACUGGGCGCCGCUGACAACGUGGCCGAGACCGCGGCGGAUUCAUCCUCCAACCUGUGAAUGGGUUGCAAUGCUAAUGGAUCGGACAUGCGGCCAUUGCCCUUCCUAAAAGGGGAAAUUCAACUGUUUCCGUAUUUUAGUAUUAGUUCGUUUUUAGUUUUAUUAAGUUAAGAAAAUAUUUUAUAGAUUUUAUGUAUGCCCAUUGGCGUAUGAUGUUUCGGCUGCAAAGAUUUGCUUCAUUUUAUAAUAAAUUCCAAUUAUUAAUUA